AUGGAGGCGCGGCAGGUCCAUGCGCUGGUGGACGGCCGCCUGGCGCCGCUGCCGGCGCCCAAGUACAAGGCGGCAGAGAGCGCACCGAUAGAAGGACACGGUGCACCGCCGCCGGCCAUCUGGGCACGGCUUGCGGCGCGCGCGCCGGCGGCGGCGCCGCCGCCGCCGAGCGAGAACGGGGCCGCUGCGCUGCUGAUCCGCCACAUGGAGGGCAUGUACAGCGACCGCGCGACGCUCGAGCGCAUGCUGCAGGGCGCCGUCGACGCGCUGCGUGUCUCCGAUGCGGAGCGCGGCGCGGAGCAGCUCGCGGAGCUCGUUGGGUUCGAGCACCUCGAGCUCGUCACCGCGCUGCUGGCGAACCGCGAAGCGUCGGCGCUGCACGUUGCGCGCGAGCUCGCGCAGCGCGCGUCCGGCGUCGGCUCGAGCCACGAGCCGCUGAACCUCGCGCCGGCCGUCGAGGCGGAGCAGUACCCCAAUGUUUUUACGAGCGGCGAGCAGAGCAACGUGCUCACCGCCGGCGGCUCGCGCUUCUCGCUGCCCGUCGGCACAACGCGCGUGCACGAAUCCUUCUUUGAAGAGGUCACGAUCCCGCCGAGCAGGCCGCUGCCAUUUCGCACCACCGAGCGGCUGGUCCCGCUCGAAGAGAUGGACGCGCUGUGCAAGGGCGCGUUCAAGUCGUACAAGACGCUCAACCGCUUGCAGAGCGCCGUAUACCCGGUGGCCUACCAGUCGAACGAGAACAUGCUUGUCUGCGCGCCGACCGGUGCGGGUAAGACGGACGUCGCGAUGCUCUCGGUCCUGCGCUGCGUCUCGCGCUUUGCACGCGUAAACGGCGAGUCGAUCCACGUCGACCGCGACGCGUUCAAGAUCGUGUACGUUGCGCCGAUGAAGGCGCUCGUCUCGGAGAUUGUCGGAAAGUUCUCCAAGCGCCUGCAGUACCUCGGCGUCAAGGUGCGCGAGCUGACCGGUGACAUGCAGCUCACCCGUCGCGAAAUCGCCGAGACGCAGAUGAUUGUCACGACGCCGGAAAAGUGGGACGUAGUGACACGGCGGCCGACCGGAGACGGCGAGCUCGCACUGUCGGUGCGCCUGCUCAUCAUCGACGAGGUGCAUCUCUUGCACGAAGACCGCGGCGCAGUCAUCGAGACGAUCGUCGCACGCACGCAGCGCCUCGUCGAGUCGACACAGAGCAUGAUCCGCAUCGUCGGCCUCUCAGCGACACUGCCCAACUACGUCGACGUUGCCGACUUUCUCGGCGUGAACCGAUACCGCGGCCUGUUUUACUUUGGCUCGUCGUUCCGCCCCGUGCCGCUCGAGCAGCACUUUAUCGGCGUGCGCGGCAAGAAUGGGUCGGCGCUCGCACGGAGCAAUCUCGACCGCGUCGUCUACGAAAAGGUGCUGGCACUCGCCGAAGAGGGGCACCCCGUCAUGGUGUUUGUCCACACCCGCAAAGAUACCGUAAAAACUGCCCAGGCCCUCCUCGAGCUCGGCAAGGACGACGGGCUGCACAGCCUGCUCACCGACGACCGCGACAGCACGCGCUUCGACCGCGACAUUGCGCAGAGCCGCAACCGCGAGCUGCGCGAACUGUUUGAGCACGGCAUCGGCAUCCACCACGCGGGCAUGCUCCGCAGCGACCGCGACCUGGCAGAAAAGACGUUUGCGGCAGGCGCGACGCGCGUCCUGUGCUGUACGGCGACGCUCGCGUGGGGUGUUAACUUGCCCGCCUACGCAGUCAUUAUCAAGGGCACCGACGUGUACAAUGCCGAGGCCGGACGCUUUACCGAUCUCGGCAUUCUCGACGUCCUCCAGAUCUUUGGUCGUGCAGGUCGCCCACAGUUUGAAGACGUGGGUGUAGGCUACAUCUGCACCGCGAACGAGAAAAUGUCGCACUACAUCGAGGCCAUUACCUCGUCGCAUCCAAUCGAGUCGCGUUUCCUCCAAGGCAUCGUCGACGCACUCAACGCCGAAGUCGCACUGGGAUCCGUGUCGAGCAUUGCCGACGGUGUGUCGUGGCUCGGCUUUACCUAUCUGUACACGCGCCUGAACAAGGCGCCGCUCGUGUACGGCAUCGACCUCCCGGACCUGGUCGCGGACCCCACGCUUACCGUGCGCCGCGAGCACUGGGUUGCGGCGGCCGCACGCGUCCUCGUCGAGCACGAAAUGGUCGUGAUGGACGCCAACGGGCGCCUGCAUCCCACCGCGGUCGGCCGCAUCGCCUCGCGCUACUACCUGCACUACAAGACCGUGGGCAUCUUCCAGGAGCGCCUGCGCAAUAACCUGCGCGAGGCGGACGCACUCGACCUCAUGAGCCGCGCCACGGACUUUUCGCAGAUCGCCAUGCGCGACAGCGAAGAGCAGGAACUCGACGGGCUCCUGGACCGCAUCCCGUGCGAAGUUCCGGGCGGCUCCAAGACGUCGCAAGGCAAGGUCAACAUCCUCCUGCAAGCGCAUGUGUCUAAUCUGUACAUUGACGACUUUGCGCUCGUGUCCGACUCGCGGUACGUCGCGCAGAAUGCAGGGCGUAUCCUCCUUGCCCUCUUUGAUCUGGCGCUCGAUCGCGGCUACGCAACGGCCGCAUUCUCGUUUUUGAACCUCGCCAAGUCCGUCGAGCACCGCCUUUGGCCGUUUGACCAUCCUUUGCGCCAGGUGUCGACGCUCAAUGCCGACGUCCUACACAAGGUCUCACAGUACACUGACGAGCUCGACAUGCCACAGAUUCGCGCACUGCCGAUCCACGACCUCGGCGAGCUCCUGCAUGCCAACGACCGCAUCGCCCACCUCGUGCACGACGCGGCGAUGCGCUUUCCGCAGCUGCUGCUCGCAGUGCGUGUGCGCCCUCGCCCGGAUGCGCACGUCCGCCUAGAGAUUGCGGUGCGCCGCGACUUUCUGUGGGACGAACGCCUGCAUGGCGGCUCGAUGCCAAUCAUUGUCUGGGUCGAAGACGGCGCACAGCGCGUCGUGUACGCAGACCGCAUCACGCUGCGCAACACGGUGCAGCCGCCGGGCGACCCAAACGCACCAGAUUGGACGCUCGAGGUCGACGUGCCGUGCGCGCCGCCGGCCGAGCGCCCGGCAGCGCAAGAGUCGUACUCGGUUGCGUGGUCGUCGCUCAGCUGGCUCAGCGCAGACGGGUCCGUGGACGUGUCGCUGGAGGACGUAUGGUGCCCGUCGCCUGCGCCGACGACGCCACUGUACAACCUGCCGCUCCUUGCGCUCGAGUCGUGCAUGCCGACCGCACGCGCCGCUGCCUAUGCUCGCGACGGCAUCGUGUCCUGGAAUGCGAUCCAGACGCAAGUCUUUCACACCGUUGCGCACACCUCGGGCAGUGUGCUUCUAUGCGCUCCGCUCGCAUCUGGGAAGCGCACCGUGGUCGAGAUGGCACUGUGGCGUGCCAGAAAAGCGCUUGUUAUCGUGCCUGACGACGUUGCGGCGCGCGCGUACGUCGGGUGCCUCGCCGCGCAUGCCCCGCAGGACGUGCGUGUUGGCCGCCGCGACGCCGAGGUGAUUGUCACGACGCCGUGGUCGCUCCCGAGCGACAUGCCGCCGCUGGUCGUGCUCCUUGACCUGCACCGCCUCGACGCGGCGUACGAGCUGGCGGUGAUGCAGCUUGUGCGGCAGCGCCCACAGCGUAUGAUUGCGACAUCGGCCUGCAUUGCUACGGCACAGAGCGUCGCGCAGUGGCUCAAUAUCCCGCCGCGGCACACGUACACGUUUGCUCCGGGCGAUCACCCGUACCCCGCGACGCUCGCGCUGGAUACCGUGGACGUUGCGUACUCGGAUGCACUCGUGCGUGCGUUUAUCAAGCCGGCCUACGACCACAUCAAGGCGGCGGGCAGUGACGACGGGCCGGCCCUCCUCUUUGUGUCGUCGCGCACACAGUGCAUGUUUGCAGCGCGUGAGCUCAUUGCGCGCCUCGCGACGGACCCGGGCGGCAUUCCCAUGCUGGCUGAUCCGGACAGCGUUGCGGUGCGGGCGCACUCCCCUGAACUUGGCCAUCUUUUGCGCCAGGGCGUCGGUGUGUGGCACCCCGGCUUUUCAGCCAGCGAUCGCCAGCUCGUGGAGGAGCUGUGUGCAGCCGGCAUCGUGCGUAUCGUCCUGUGCCCCCGCGAGACAAUGUACACUCUACCCAUGCGUGGCCACAUUGUGCUCGUGCUCGGCACGCAAUACAUGGUCCACUCGCGCGAGCACCGCAAAGCGCACGUCGCAGAGUACCCAGUGUGUGAUUUGCUGCAGAUGCACUCGCUAGCCGUGCGUCCCGCCGCCACGAGCCGCGGCCAGUGCGUCGUGUUGUGCCAGCAGACGCGUGCCGCGACGCUCGCACGGCACCUCCGCACGCCGCUCGCGCUCGAGUCGAGUCUGGAGGACGGCACGGCGCUCCUUGAUGCGCUCUGUGCCGAGGUGCGUGCGAAGCGCAUAAAAAGCCGCGAAGAGAUUGUUCACUGGCUCGGCGUGUCGUUUUUGGAGAAGCGCAUCACGGCGAAUCCGGUGCACUACGACGUCGCCUGUGCAGCACAGCAGGCUCCCCGCGCAGACGUCGCGGCAGCGCUGUCUGCGCGUGCCGACGCCCUCGUGCUUGCUGGCACCGGCCUCGGCGUGCUGAGCGAAGAAAAGACGCUGCACCUUACGCGCCUCGGCUCCAUGGCGCCGAAGCGCGCGAUCGAGCAAUGGUCUGCGCUUGCCGAGCACGUCCGCACCUGGGAGACGCUCCCAGAGGCAGUCGCCAAGUUUGUGCGCUCCAAGUCGUACACCGACGAAGAGGCGCCGGUGUAUGAAGCGCUGCAAAGGUCGAUUCCCCGGCCGGUGCUCGAGGCGGUGGGCGCGACCGGCGAAGUCGGCGUCGAGCAGGCCACGGCACUUGUCCUCGGCAGCUGGCUCGCGGACACGCAGCGCACGCACGCACGCACGACCGAUGCGCUCGUCGCCGCGGUCGGUGGGGCGUCGGCGGCAAAGAUUGCCGAGGCACGCGACAAGAUGCUCCUCGACCUGCUCACUGUCCAAAAAGAAAGUUCAUAG